AUGCAUUCCGGCGUAGGCAGGGGAGGAGAGGAAGAUGCAGGAAGCAGGUUCACGAAGAUUCUCCUCCCCGAGAGAGAUCUAGCCCUCAACUGGACCAUCGACGUGGCUAGCGUAUUAGGCGAAUACCUGAACGAGUUGCAAGGUGCAGCAAGCUCGCUGCAGGACGGUGCCACCCUGAACUUCGUGGAAGUGGUUGGGUCCGGUUCGGAACCGUCGCGGUUGGACUUGCGAGAAAAGGGACAGAAGAAAACCACAGAGGACGACGAUGACGACGACGACGAGGGAAGGCUGGCAGGAGGAGCAGCGCGGCAGGGGUCGAAGCUGCCGCCGCGCGCGCCACCCAUACUGCUGACAGUAGAGGAGGAGCUGGAUGGGGGGAAGGGGUCCAGUACCGUGCCGUUAUCUGAGCUCUCCGCCUUCAAGGUACCACGGAUGGCCGCUUUCGUCAGCCACGUGUCGGGGUCUGUUUUCCUGGAGGCGCAAGACGGGGACGUCAUGGAUGCGCUGCUGCGCCUCCCGCGGCGUCGUCGCCCCGCGCACCUCAGCGCGGCCGGGGGCGCCGGUUCCCCCGCCUUCACCUUCCCCCAACCGGGCCUCUCCCCGGAUUGCACCCCCCCGUUUCCGCGCAACGGGUGGAGUUCAUCGCCCUACGCGGAACGCGGGACAGUAGUGGCGGAAGACAUGGGGGGAGCGGGGUGCGCGCAGUGGGGGGAGGGGGCUGCGUGGCAGAGCGAAUGGCAGGCGGCGGAAGGCAUGGGGGGAAUGGGUUCGGGGGAUGAUGAGGAUGAGGAUGGGAUGGGGACGGCUGGCGGGUUUGACUGCGGGGAAUGGGGGGAGGCAGACGCGGGCCGGCCCUACCUGCGCGCCAAGCGCAAAACCGACGGUGGCGAUUUGACCAGCAGUCUGAGCGAUCUGGGCGUGUGGCUGUCGUUCCCUCUGCUGGCCGGCAAGGGUCGCGGCAUGAUAUUCCCAGACAUAGAGAGCAUCAUGCAGCGUGCGGUGAUACGCGACAGCAAGAGGCAGCAAGGCGGGGUUCCAAAGGGGAGCUUCGACGGCGGAGGGUCGCAGAAGGCAGGCAGUGCUCUGGAGCCCCCAGCAGGCAACGUCUUCGCGGACCUAGAAGCAAACCCCGACGACGGGGAACGCGCCCAUGGCUCCCACGGAUCCGCGCACAGGGGGGGCGCUGGCGGCGCACACGGGGACGCGAACGCGGGCGCGGAUGGGCAUGGAGCACAAGGAUUCGGAUUCGACGGGAUGGAUAUAGAGGAUGAUGACGAGUGCGGUGGUGACGGUGCAGCGGGGAGCGACGGGGAGGACGGGGAGGGUGAGCGGACGGGCGUGGAGCGGCCUAGGUCCUCUGGACCGCUUGAUGGUAACCCGUUGCCAGGCAUGGACUGGGAGGCUAACGUUCUGCAUUCCGACACACCCCUGCCGGCGGACCCCUCAGCACCGCACGUGGCAACAGUGGAAGCCAUGCGAGACGCCCAUGUGGCGGAGAUGAUACAGAGGGCGGCGGAAAUGCAGGCGCGAAGAUCAGAAGUGGAAACGAGGGUGGGGGACUGGCAGUCUCGCAUUCUGCCGCUUCUUGAGCAACAGAAACACAUGCAGCAGGAGCAGCAGCGGCAGCAGGAGCAGCAGGAGAUGGGUGAAAUGGAGGGUGCGGGGCAAGGAGCGGAAGGGCGGCAGCAGCAGCAGCUGUGUGAGGACCUGUUUGAGAACGUGAUCAACACUCCACUUGAAUAUGAGGUCCCUCGAUACUUCUCCGCAUUGCUGCAGCUGGUCAACAAUGGCAACGUGAGUCUCUCUGUGGACCCACACGGCCUCCUACAACCCACCAGCCUCCCUCUCUCAUCCUCCUCCCAUUCCUCCGCCAUAGCCCCUCCUGUUGAAGCGUCCAGUAGCCUCACUUCCACGGCUCCCUCUUCCUCUGCCCCGUGCUGCUAUUCCCGUGGGUCAUCUUUCUUCGUGCGUCUACAUUCACUGAAUCGGCGGCAGGAGGAGCUGCGGGGUGUGAGAGAGUGCGGGAGGCUGGAAGAGGGGGAACAGGAGUGGGAGGAAGGGGAGAAUCAGGGGUCCGAGGGUGGAGGGCGGAGGGUAAUGAAAAAUCGAAGGGUUUUGACAGAGACUUCCAAGGGCGUGAAUCGGAGGGAGGUUUUGGAAGAGGGGAAUGAAGAGAAGAGGAGGAAGCUGGUGGACGAGAGCACAGAGGAAGGAGAGGUGGAGGAAGCAAGGGAGAGGGUGAUUGGAGAUGAAGAGGAGGAGGAGGAUGAGGACUGUGGCAGAACAGAGAGAGCAGGGGUGGACGAGAUUAGGAGAUGCAGAGAACAAGAGGAAAUGCUGCUUCACAGCAACUGCAAGAGGCAGAAGAAGGAUGGCAUGCAAGCAACAGGAGGUAGUGCAUUGGGGAGCUCGUUAGGAUCACACAGCAAUGUGGGGAGUUUUCAGAGGUGUGCAGAGGCGGUCAGAGGUUCCGGGGCAGCUGCAAGCAUGCUUGGGGCAGGGAAAGCAGCAUCUCCUGUUCCCGUUGCACGAAGGAAGGAUUCGAGAAGCAGCUCUCUGCUGGGAAGACGGGUGGCAGCGAGGUUGGAGCGAUCAAGAUCGUGGAAGGAGAGGCAGAGCGUCCUGCGGAUAAAGCGGAAGCUGGGUGCAGACUGUGUCGUGCAGCCGCUUUUUCCCAUACAACGGGGGCACGCGGAGACUGGUAAGUUGCAGAAACGUAGGAGAGAGUGUGAGCAAGUCGAUGCUUGUGCUGGCAGGCAUUCGCCCGCACUAGGGGUAACCAUAACUGGUGCCAUGGCAAGAUUGGUAAGGGGUCAACGGCAGCGGUAG